UUGUAUUCACUUUGGAAAAGAAAAUCCUUUUAGAUAAUAGCUUCAAAAAAUGUGAAAAGGGGAUACCUGGGGCUGGACUAUUCUUAAAAAAAACCUAAAUCGGCAUGCAUGGAGAUUAGUCAAAGGUUCUGAAUAUAGAAGUCCACAUCUGAACGGAUAGAUUCCGUAUGCAUGUGUGAAUCAAGAAAAGAAAAAAACUAACCUGCAAAUAAAACCUCUAUUAUCUACUGUUAGUCUUUUCUUUUAGGGAGAGCCAAUCAUCAUUGUACUGCAUGACGUUUAACUAGACUAGAAGAUCCGCCCCAUUUAUGGACGUUGAAUCAUUAACUGGCUAAGAUUCCAUGAAUUUGCGUCCACAGGUAGGAAUUUUUUUAAGAAUGUGCUGGUACUAAACAUCCAAUGUGAACACUAGCUCUAAGAUUUAGUGAUACAAGCUACCCAUUUGAUAAAUUCCAUGUGAAGUCAAGCUUUGUAGACAGUAACAACCGGGCACGGAAUGCAAAGCAACCCAAUUUUGUUCCUGUGCUGUCAUAACGACCUAGCUUUGUAUCUUUGAACUUCAGGCUUUCCAGAUCUCCUAAGACUAGUGAUAAGUGCUGGAACAAAAUCUUCGGAAGUCCAAGCAUGACAAUAGAUGGUGCUGUUACGCAAGAUGAAUUCCAAGGCUCUCUUCCUCCAAAGAAGGGACAAUACAGUGCAUAUGCAGUUUGUUGGCUUCUUGGGAUUGGAUGCCUUUUCUCUUGGAAUAGUAUGUUGACAAUUGAAGAUUACUAUCAAUAUCUAUUUCCGGACUAUCACUCAUCAAGAGUGUUGACAUUGGUGUACCAGCCUUUCGCAUUGAUAACAACUUUUAUACUCGCAUACAAUGAGGCUAGAAUUAAUACGCGACAACGCAUCCUCAUAGGAUAUGUUCUCUUUUUUAUAAGUACAUUCAUCAUAAUUAUUCUGGACCUUGCAACCUCUGGAAAGGGAGGACUGGGAACUUUCAUUGGCAUAUGUGCAAUGAGUGCACUUUUUGGCUUUGCAGAUGCUCAUGUCCAGGCAGGAAUAAUGGGAGAUUUAUCAUACAUGAAUCCUGACUUUAUUCAGUCUUUCACAGCAGGGCUUGCUGCAUCAGGAGUUAUUACAUCUGGUUUGAGACUAAUAACAAAAUCAGCCUUUGAAAACUCAAAAGAUGGCCUUCGAAAAGGAGCUUUGCUGUUCUUUUCGAUAAGUACCUUGUAUGAGCUAUUCUGUGUUUUUCUCUAUACUUUCAUCUUCCCACGCCUUAAGGUUGUAAACUAUUACCGAUCUAAGGCAGCUUCUGAGGGAUCAAAAACAGUGGUUGCUGAUCUUGCUGCAGGAGGUAUUGCAGUAUCAGACCAAAAUGAUGUUGAAGAAUCAAAAGCUAAAGAACGUCUGAAUAACAAGGAGCUGCUGAAACAAAACAUUGAUUUUGGGUUGGAUAUCUUCAUUACCUAUAUACUUACACUAUCAAUAUUCCCUGGUUUUCUAUCAGAAGAUACAGGCAAACAUGGGCUGGGUUCCUGGUAUGCUAUCACUCUAAUAGCAAUGUUCAAUGUUGGAGAUCUUAUUGGACGAUACAUUCCCCUGAUUAAGGUUCUGAAGCUAGAAAGAAGGUCAUGGCUGACAAUUGCAGCAAUUUCUCGCCUAAGCUUCAUCCCUGCAUUCUAUUUCACUGCAAAGUAUGGAGACCAAGGCUGGAUGUUAAUGCUAUGCAUUUUACUGGGCUUGUCUAAUGGAUUCAUUACAACUUGUGUAUUUACCCUUGCACCAAAGGGAUAUAAGGGACCUGAACAAAACGCCCUAGGAAAUAUAUUAGUCGUAUUCUUGCUAAUGGGAAUAACUUCAGGUGUUAUCAGUGAUUGGUUGUGGCUAAUUGGUAAGGGAUGGUAAUGUUUUAUCUUGAUAAUUACAAGGAGGCUGUUGGAGAUAUUGUUGACGAAAAUAUAGGUUGUCAUUCAUUUAUUUUCUCAUCUGAAAAUAUUCUUGAAGCUUGGAUUACAAUCAGUUGUACAAGCGGAGAAUCAAAACAGAACUUGAUGUAAGUUUACCAGUUCUCUAUCAGUUAUCCCAUCUUUAUACUUUAAGUGGGGAAAGAUGUUCCCCAUUAUCUGAUGUCUGUAUGUAUAUAAAAUAAUAUUCGUCAAUCUACAAGGUUGUUUCUAGCUUUGAGUUAAUAAAUCUUAGUACUGUCAGAGCUUUGACAAUAGAAAGAAAAAGCUAUCGCCCACAGAUAGCUGCUACUAUGUAUUAUGAGUUAUUUGGAUGAAAUUUGAAUCUUAUUCUUUCAA